AUGCUGAACCUGUACCCGCCUUCGACCCACAGCGCCUGGAACGGCCAGGCGCCUUCGUACCCUCCCGGCACGGACUCGACCGUGAACGAGAUCAUCGAAGCCACGAAAGGCACGGGCACCCGGGAGAAGGAGCUCAACAAGGCCCUGGGCGGUAAGACCGCGGCGCAGCUCAGUUUCGUCGCCAAGCGCUACCAGGAGCUGCACGGCUCGAGCCUGCGCGACCUGCUGGACGCCGAGACGUCCCACCACUACGGCUUCCUGCUCAAGUUGCUGGUGUCGCCGCUCCCGGAAGCCGAAGCCGAGAUCUUGCGCAAAGCCACGAAAGGAGUGGGCACGAAGGAGGAGCUCAUUUACCCCGUGGUCGUGGGCCGCACGAACGUGGAGAUCAACAUCCUCAAGAAGGCCUACUACGAGGCGUACGGCGACGACCUCGGCUCCGCGCUCGACAGCGACCUGGAGGGCGACUUCCAGAAGGUCGUACUGGCGUCGCUCCAGGCGGCUCUCGUGCAGUACGACCCCAACGUGCACAACGCUGCCAAAGUGGACGCCGACGUGGAGAAGCUGUACAAAGCGGGCCGCGGCAAAAUGGGCACGGACGAAGAGGGCUUCGUGAGUGUGCUCGUGGCGUCUCCGCCCGAGCACCUGCGCGCCGUGGCGGCCGCGUACGAGAAGAAGCACGAGGAACCGCUCGUAAAGGCUGCAGCGCACGAGUUCCGUGGCAACGCCGAGAAGGCUGUGCUGUUCCUCAUCCGCAUGAUCACGGAGCCUCUGGAGUUGCUGGCCGAGCUCUUCGAGGACACUAUGAAGAGCUUUGGCACGAACGAAGACGCCUUGAGCUCUGCCGUCGUGCGCUACCACAUUGUGCUGCGCGACAUCAAGCCCGUGUUCAAGAAGAAGUACGGUAAGGAGCUGCGCGAGCGCAUUGCCGAGGAAGUGAGCGGCGACUACGGCGAGCUGUUGCUGUCUGUGUUCGACGCCCGCGACUAA